GACAUCCCGGUCCCACCUUACCGUUGCCGGCCUAUCCAUCGCAGUCCCCACCGUCCUCCCUCCCCGUUCCCCUCGCUACCCAUUUCAAAUCGCUUCGCUCGUCGUCGAUUCACCGUCCCCAUCCACCCAUCAACUUCCAGAUCUCCCCCCCCCCCUCUCUCUCUCUCUGCGGAUGUCCUCGUCGUCGCGCUUCGAUCUCCGGGCCUCGUCGCAGCAGUUGCAACCGCAGCCGCCGCACGCCGGCAUGAGCGACGGGGGCGCGUUCGCGAACGCGGAGAACCUGGAGCACUGCGCCAGGUACCUCAACCAGACUCUCGUCACCUUCGGGUUCCCGGCCUCUCUCGACCUCUUCGCCACCGAUCCGGUUUCGAUUGCAAGAACAUGCAACUGCGUCUACGCACUGCUACAGCAGCGUCAGAGGGACAUUGAGUUCAGGGAGUCGGCUAAUGAUCUCCGGCAGCGUAUGCAGUCUGAUAUUUCGAGACUAGAAGCCAAGAUUGAAAGAAUGGAUGCUCAAUUAGCAGCAAAAGAUCGAGAGCUAGCCACUCUUACUCGAACGGAGGCCAAAAACACUGCAGCUUUGAGAGCUCAGAUUGAUAAGCUGCAACAGGAACGUGAUGAAUUUCAGAAAAUGGUUAUAGGAAAUCAGCAAGUACGCACCCAGCAAAUACAUGAAAUGAAGAAGAAAGAGAAGGAAUACAUAAAAUUGCAGGAGAGGCUAAACCAAGUAUUGAUGGAGAAGAAAAAGGAAUCAUCCCGUUCAGGAAUGGAAAUAAUGAAUUUGGUGCAGAAAGAAGGACGGCAACGCGGAACAUGGACUGGAAAAAAGAAUGACAAUGAUUAUUACAAAAUGAUUGUUGAUGCAUAUGAAGUAAAGAAGCAAGAACUGAUGCAAGAGAAUGCUGAUUUACGGGCACUGUUACGUUCGAUGCAGAUGGACAUGCGAGAGUUCCUCAAUGCUCCGAAUGGAUCAUCACAGCCUACUGUUGCUGCCAAUGGAAGAAAGGAGGCAGGGUCUCCUCAGUCCCCUCUGGGUGGCAAGACAGAUGUCUUUGACCUGCCCUUUCACAUGGCCAGAGACCAGAUAGAAGAGAGUUUGCGCACAAAAAUGUCUUCAAUCAAGGCACGAAUGACACAACUUCAAGAUGCUCAAAAGGGUGCUGAAGUGACCUCUGAGGCUACGGAGCGUGAGCUUGAGCUUGAAGCUCAACUGGUGGAAGCUAGAAGCAUCAUCCAAGAGCAGGCAUCCAUCAUGUCCAAGCACUUCACCAAGUCGGAUAAACCGAGGAGGCUAAGUGGUCUGGAUGGUGAGCGUGAGGCGAUUCACUCUGCGUCCACCGAGGUGUAAAGACAUGUGUAGUAGCGAGUUUCAGUUCUGCAAGGCACGUCAUGUGAGGCCUCUUUUGCUAGUAAGUACUCAGGCAUGCAGGAUAAUGUCGUCCUGCCACGGUAGCCUGAGCCUAGGCGCUGUCUAUGCAGUAUGGAUGUGCAGGAGCAUCUCCUCCGGCAUGGCUAACCCGGUCACCUCUAAUAGUUUACAUGUAGCGCAAGUGUAAUCCUACCAUAUGAUGAAGAAGGGCAGUGUAACUACCUCACAUCCCUGGAAGAAAUGGACCCUUUGGAUCUUACAACAGGAGUGUUGUUCGCAUGCUCUUUCGUUUAUGCGAUCAGUA